CAGCUGUCAGCGGUUGUGUCAAAUUGAUCUAUUUGGUGAUGUGUACUAGCGAUUUAAAUAGUUAUUGAAAGUUUUAUAAAUAUUCUUUAAUUUCCCUACUUCAGCAUUGUGCAUUUAAUAAAAGGUCAAAAUGAACUACAAUCCAAAUGCUGGGAUCCGGAAUCGUAAGUCGGAAUACUCUCAAGGUCCAUCCCGCAAGCCAAAGCGUGUUAGUGAUGUGAAUGCUAUGGGACCAGCAGCACCGGUAACCGCUCCCCUGCCUUAUAUGCAACCAUCAGCUGGACCGGCAAUGCAAGAUCCCACCGUCGGAUUAACAACUGGCUAUGGUAUAAACGCACAGCAACCAGCUGUUAGUGUGGGAGGUUUCGACAACAGUGCAGCGCCAGUACAAAGCGCAAAUUACAACUAUGUCACACCUCCCACUUCUCAACAUUUGUCGUUUGCUGGUGGUCCAAAUGUGCAGCCACAGUACGCUGGAAAUAUGCCUAUGGGCGGAGCACCAACUGGUAUGAACGCCCCUGGCGUUCAAGCACAAUUUCAAUCUGGUAUGCCACAGUUUGCGAUGUUCCAACAGCCAAUUGUACAAGAUAUGGCCAUGCAAUAUGGUCAACGUUUAGCAGAUCAAGGCAAACAGAUGGUUGAAAAUCAGUUUGAGAAAUGGGUGUCCGUCGCGAAAUUGAAAUAUUACUUUGCCGUGGACAACAAAUAUGUCAUCAAUAAAUUACGUUUACUGUUCUUCCCCUUCACGCAUAGGGAUUGGUCACUGAAAUACGAUCAAGAGAAUCCUGUACAGCCACGCUAUGACAUCAAUGCGCCAGACCUAUAUAUUCCUGCGAUGGCCUAUAUAACGUACGUGGUUGUUGCUGGUCUCAUGCUGGGUAUGCAGAAUCGUUUUUCGCCGGAGCAACUCGGUAUACAAGCAUCAAGCGCCUUAGCCUACUGUAUUUUUGAGUUGGUGGUUUAUUCGAUCACUCUCUAUGUGGUCAAUAUAAAAACAAGUUUAAGAACACUUGAUUUGCUCGCAUUUGCUGGUUACAAAUUUGUUAUAAUAGUAGCAUGCCUUUUGGUUAGCACACUAUUCCAUGGUGUUGGCUAUUAUGUGGCCCUUUUAUACACGAGUCUUACUUUGGGCUUCUUUUUGCUACGUACACUGAAAACUAAAGUGCUGCACGAUGCGACACCAGCCAGUAGUGGCGCCAUCAACUAUGAUCCCUACGGCAAUCCACAGCAACUUGAUUAUACUGGUGGACGAAAACGGAAACUGUAUUUUCUAUUUCUUAUUGUCGGCGGCCAAGCCUUCUUAUCAUUUUUGUUAUCGAAACACUUGUAUUUGCCGGAUGCUGCUACGUUAGAAGUUAGAAAUACACAAUUUUAAUACUUAA